GCUAUUACUACUACUUCUUCUUCAGCCGUGCACCAACUCGACUUUACCUCAAAACCUCAUCCAUCCCCAGCUCUACCACUCGAGUCUUUCUCAUAGAAACCAUCGCAAUCCUAAACACUCACAUACAUCAUGGCUUAUAACCGUCCCUACGACGAGGAUGCUCUCCCCAGAUUCGCCGAGCCUGAGCAGAAGCCAGGACAGUCCAGGACUCCAGCCCCGCAGCAACAUCACCCUCCUCCUCAGCAGCAGCAGUACCAGCAUCACGCCCCUCCUCCUCAGCAGUAUCACCAGCAGCAGUCUCGAUACGAUAAGCCUCUACCAACCCAAAGAGAUGCGCGAUCUCAUUCACUAGGUCAGGGCCCAGCUUCUCAUGGUUACAUGUCCCCGCCUCCAAACACUGGCGGCGCGAGACCCCAGGCUCACAACCGUCCCGCCCCCAACUCACGACCUCCUCCCUCGCCUGCUCUCGAUGGCAAUGGCUCCGAUCCCACGCUCCUACCUCUAUUCCGUGCUGUAGACAAAGACGGAACUGGCCAUCUUUCUGAGAGAGAACUAUCCGCCGCGCUUGUCAAUGGUGACUGGACCGCCUUUGAUCCUCACACUGUCCGCAUGAUGAUCCGAAUGUUUGAUUCUGAUCGAAGUGGCACGAUCGGUUUCGAGGAGUUCUGUGGUCUGUGGUCCUUUUUGGCUUCGUGGAGAACUCUCUUCGACCGAUUCGACGCCGACCGUAGCGGUAACAUCUCACUCUCCGAAUUCAACAACGCUCUCGUCGCUUUCCGAUAUCGACUAAGCCCCCAGUUUGUCGAACUGAUUUUCAACACCUACGACAAGCGAAAUGAAGGCGUCAUGAGCUUCGACCUGUUCGUUCAGAGCUGCAUCUCUCUCAAGCGCAUGACCGAUGUCUUCAAGAAGUACGAUGACGACCGCGACGGCUACAUCACCUUGAGUUUCGAGGACUUUUUGACAGAAAUUCUCAAGCAGCUCAAGUAAAUAACGGAAAGGCGUCAGGACUGGACAGUUUAAAGAUGGGAAGAGAGUACUCGGUGCCGGAGCAAGCACUGGUGCCUCGAAACGUCAUAUGGAUUUAUUUUUUGCAUCCUGAGGAAAAGGACAUGCAUGUAAGGCGGAUUUUACGACAGAUAUAAACCCAAGCCGGAUGCUUCUGAGUUGAUGAUAUGGGAUAGCAUGUACCAAAGAUACCCUAGGUCAAGUCUCCGGAUCCUGGCUUAGAGACCGAAACUUACCUUGACAUCAGACAUGAAUUAUGUUACAUAAA